AACACAACAAAAUGGCCGCCGCGCCACUGCGCGCCUGAAGGGGAAUCCCGGGGCGGCUCCCGCCGGUCGCUGAUCAGCCCGCGGGCCCGCUCGGCUCGGCUCCCAGGCGGUUUGGGCACUCGACUUUACUUUGGCAAUGAAGAAAGGUUCUCAGAAGAAAUCAUUCCCCAGAGCAAAGAUGCCAUCGCCAUCUUCAUCUCCCAGUUCUUCAUCUCUUGUGUCCAGUAUGAGAUCUAGGUCACUCUCACCUUUAAGUGGGUCUGACAUUCUGCCCUUUCAUUCUGGAGGACAGUGGUCUGAGCAAGCCGAGAUGACAGAUGAAAACUAUAUGCCUUUGGAUGACCGUCAAGAAGUUGAUUCCCGUGGAGGAGUUCGAUAUAUUACAGAGGCCCUUGUAAAAAAGCUUACUAAACAGGAUGAUUUGGCCAUGGUAAAAUCCCUGAACCUUUCACUUUCUAAAGAUGGUGGCAAAAAAUUUAAGUACAUUGAAAAUUUGGAAAAAUGUAUUAAACUUGAAGUACUAAAUCUGAGCCAUAAUCUAAUUGGGAAGAUUGAGAAAGUGGACAAGCUGUUAAAAUUACGUGAACUCAACUUAUCAUAUAACAAAAUCUGCAAAAUUGAAGGCAUAGAAAGUAUGUGUAAUCUGCAAAAGUUAAAUCUUGCAGGAAAUGAAAUUGAACAUAUUCCAGGAUGGUUAGGGAAGAAGUUAAAAUCAUUGAGAGUCCUCAACCUGAAAGGCAACAGGAUAUCAUCUCUCCAAGAUGUAAGCAGGUUGAAACCGCUUAAAGAUUUGACUUCUCUGAUGCUAAGUGAAAACCCAGUUAUGAGCCUUCCUCAUUACUGCCAGUUUACUAUUUUCCACCUCCGUUCACUAGAAAGUCUAGAAGGUCAGCCAGUAACCACUCAAGACAGACAAGAAGCUUUUGAGAGAUUCAGUUUAGAAGAGGUAGAAAGAUUGGAAAGAGACCUGGAAAAAAAGAUGAUGGAAACUGAAGAGCUUAAGAGCAAACAAACAAGGUUUCUUGAGGAAAUAAAAAAUCAAGAUAAGCUGAAUAAAUCCUUAAAAGAGGAAGCCACGUUACAGAAACAGAACUGUGAGGAGCUAGAGAGUAACCUAAACACCAAAAAUGAAUUGCCCUUGUUUUGGUUUCUUGCAACUUUUCUGCCGGUUCUUUAUUCUUCUUUAAAGCUAAAACAGAAGACCAUCGAAUUAACUCGAGCUUGCCAGAAACAGUAUGAGCUGGAGCAGGAGUUAGCCUUUUAUAAAAUCGAUGCUAAAUUUGAGCCACUAAAUUAUUAUCCAUCUGAGUAUGUUGAAAUUGAUAAAGCGCCAGAUGAAAGCCCUUACAUUGGCAAAUCCAGAUACAAGAGAAAUAUGUUCACGACAGAGAGUUUCAUUGUUGAUAAUGCUCAACCAGUAGUGAUCAAGAAGAUAGAACCUGGUGAAGAAAAGCAGCUUAGAAAUGAACACAUGAACUUGGCAGAGCAUGCACCCCUGGACAUGCAACUGGAAGACAAAGAGAAGCAAAUAAGUGCAGCCCAAACUCGACUAUCAGAACUACAUGAUGAAAUAGAAAAGGCAGAACAACAAAUUUUAAGAGCUACUGAAGAACUUAAACAACUGGAAGAAGCUGUACGACUUAAAAAAAUUUCAGAAGAAGAGAAAGACCUUCUUUACAAGCAGUUGGGUGGUAGGAUACAACUUCUAAAUAAAUUACGUCAAGAAACUCUGGAUCUAGAAACACAGUUGGAAAAGCAAAGGCAAGAAAUUGCUGAAAAACAGAAGGAGAUCAAGAAUCUGCAGAUAACCAUAGAUAGCAUGGAUUCUCAAGACCCAAAGCAUUGCCAUGUGAAGGCCCAGAAAACGGGUAAAGAACAACAGCUUGACAUUAUGAACAAGCAGUACAAACAACUUGAAAGCCGUUUAGAUGAGAUACUUUCUAGAAUUGCUAGAGAAACUGAAGAGAUUAAGGACCUUGAACAACAGCUUACUGAAGGCCAGAUAGCGGCAAAUGAAGCCCUGAAGAAUGAUUUAGAAAGUGUCAUCAGUGGAUUGCAAGAAUAUCUGCGAAGUGUCAAAGGCCAGGCAACUCAGGCCCAGAACGAAUGCAGAAAGCUACAGGAUGAGAAGGAGACACUGCUGCAGAAACUGACUGAAGUUGAGCAGGAGAGAGACCAACUUGAAAUUGUUGCCAUAGAUGCAGAAAAUAUGAGGAAGGAGCUCGCAGAGCUAGAAAGUGCCCUGCAGGAGCAGCACGAGGUGAACGCAGCCCUGCAGCAGACCCAGGGAGAUCUCAGUGCCUAUGAGGAAGAGCUUGAGUCUCAACUGAAAAGGAGAGAUGCUGAAACCACCGAACUCAAGGAAGACUUGGAAAAACUGACAAGGCUCAGCCAGUUAGAAAAAUUGGCCCAUCAAGCCGAACUUGAGAAGGAAAAGCAAGCCCUCGAGAAAGCCCUCAGAAAAGUGCAGCUCUCAGAAGAAAAGGAGCAAGAAAAUGAUGAACUCCGCACCCAGCUUACACAGCUGCAGGAUGACAAUAAACUUUUAAAGCAGAAACUUAAAGAUUUCCAGAAUCACCUUAACCAUGUGGUUGAUGGUUUGAUUCGUCCAGAAGAAGUGGCAGCUCGUGUGGAUGAGCUAAGGAGAAAACUGCAAUCAGGGACUGGGGAAAUGAGAAUCCAUAGUCCUUCUGAUGUCUUAGGGAAAAGUCUUGCUGGUUUGCAAAAACAGCUCAGUGAAAUUCUUGCACAGUCCCAGUGGGAAAGAGAGGAAGCACAAAUUAGAGAACGGAAACUCCAAGAAGAAAUGGCUCUGCAGCAGGAGAAACUGGCACAUGGACAGGAGGAGUUCAGGCAGAUUAACUUGGAUAAGAGACAGCAUGAAGCAAGGAUCCAACAGUUAGAGAAUGAAAUUCACUAUUUGCAAGAAAAUCUAAAAAGUAUGGAGGAAAUCCAAGGCCUUACAGAUCUCCAACUUCAGGAAGCUGAGGAAGAGAAGGAGAGCAUUCUGUCCCAACUUCAAGAGUUAGAAAAAAAGAAGAAAUAUGAAGAUGCCAAAUCUCAGGAGCAGUUUCUUGGUUUAGAUAAAGAAUUGAAGAAAUUAAAGAAAGCUGUAGCUGCCUCUGAUAAGUUAGCUGCAGCUGAGCUCAACAUUGCCAAAGACCAACUUAAGUCCCUUCACGGAACUGUUAUGAAAAUUAAUCAGGAGCGAGCAGAGGAAUUACAAGAAACAGAGAGGUUCAGCAGGAAGGCAGCACAAGCGGCCAAGGAUCUGACCCGAGCAGAAGCAGAGAUCGAACUUCUGCAGAAUCUUCUCCGUGACAAAGAGGAGCAGUUUCGGAUUGGGGUGGAGAACGUAGAUGCUGAUAGCAAAGGAGCAGACCCACAAGUUCUAGAAAUUGAGAAACUGAAUGAGAUCAUGGAGAAACAAAGGACAGAGAUCACAAGGCUGCGGAAUUUACUAGACUUCACUGGAGCUGAUAGCAAGGGAAGCUUUGAAAAUGUUCUAGAAGAAAUUGCUGAGCUGCGACGUGAAGUUUCUUCUCAGAAUGACUACAUUAGCAGUAUGGCAGAUCCUUUCAAAAGACGGGGCUAUUGGUACUUUAUGCCACCACCAGCAUCGUCAAAGGUAUCCAGCUACAGUUCCCAUACUACCAAGGAUUCUGGUGUUGGCCUAAAGUACACAGCCUCUACUCCUGCUGGGAAAACACAUCCUGAACAGCAGGAUGGGAAAGAAGGCAGUGACCCUGUCCCUGCCUUAGGCUACUGGGUUUACUCUCCCAUCAGGACUGGGUUACAUAAAUCAUCUUCAAAUCGAGAUGGAGACAGUGGAGGAGACAGCCAGGAAGAGAGUGAACUGGAUAACCACGCGGAGCUCCCAUUUGUGCCUCCUCCCGGAUAUAUGACAUACACUGUGUUUCCUGAUGGUUCUCCCGUUCCCCAGGGCAUGGCUCUCUAUGCACCACCUCCUCCCUUGCCCAACAGUGGCCAGCCUCUCGCCCCUGGCACCAUUAUUUAUGGUCCACCUCCUGCUGGUGCCCCCACUAUUUAUGGACCACCACCCCCCAACUUCUCUGUGCCCCUCAUCCCUGUGGGUGUGCUACAUUGCAACGUCCCGGAACACCAUAACUUAGAGAAUGAAAUAUCUCGAUUAGAAGACAUAAUGCAACAUUUAAAAUCAAAGAAACAGAAAUGGUUAAGAACAUCCAAGAAUCAGUCUGAGAAAGAAAUAGAAGACUUGCAUCAUAAUAUUGAUUACCUUUUGCAAGAAAAGAAAGACUUAGAGCAUGAAGUAGAAGAAUUACAUAGAACCAUCCAGAAACAUCAACAGCGAAAAGAUUUUAUUGAUGGAAGUGCUGAGAUUCUAAUGGAUGAUCUAGAAAUUGAAAAAUCACUCAAACACCACCAUGAUAGUGUUGUAGAAGAAAUUGAGUGCAUUGAGAAGACUCUUCUGAAGCGUCGGGCAGAGCUCAGAGAAGCUGACCGACUCCUGGCGGAGGCUGAGAGUGAGCUCUCAGGCACAAAAGAGAAAACCAGAAUUGCUGUUGAAAAGUUCACUGAUGCCAAGAGAAAUUUAUUGCAAGCUGAGUCAGAUGCUGAGGAGUUAGAAAGGAGAGCUCAGGAAACAGCUAUAAACCUUGUCAAAGCAGAUCAGCAGCUCAGAUUACUUCAGGCUGAUAUAAAGAAUCUGGAACAGCACAAAAUUAAGCAAGAGGAAAUCUUGAAAGAAAUAAACAAGGUUGUUGCAGCAAAAGACUCAGACUUCCAGUGUCUAAACAAGAAGACAGAGCAACUGACGGAAGAGCUUCAGAAACUGCAAAAAGACAUCAGAGCCGCGGAACGCAGUGAGGAUCACCACCUGCUCAUCCUUCAAGAGUCCGAGACCCUCCUGCAAGCCAAAAGAGCAGAACUGGAAAAUCUGAAAAUCCAGGUGGCAGGACAGCAGCAAGAGAUGGUGGCGCUGGACAAGCAGCUGGGACAUAACAAGGAAGAGCUGCAUCUACUCCAGGGAAGCAUGGUCCAGGCCAAGGCUGACCUCCAGGAGGCUCUGAGACUGGGAGAGACUGAAGUGACUGAGAAGUGCAGUCAUAUUAGGGAAGUAAAGUCUCUUCUGGAAGAAUUGAGUUUUCAGAAAGGAGAACUGAAUGUCCAGAUUAAUGAAAAGAAAACUCAACUUGCACUUAUAAAGCAGGAAAUUGAAAAAGAAGAAGAAAAUCUCCAGGUCGUAUUAGGGCAAGCAUCGAAACAUAAAACUGAACUAAAGAAUAUUCUGGAUAUGUUGCAACUUGAAAAUAGUGAGCUGCAAAGUUUAAAGCUACAGCAUGACCAGAAGUUAACUGAAUUGGAGAAGAUCCAUGUUAAAAUGCUGGAGGAGAAACUAGACUUGGAAAAUUUGCAACAGACAGCCCUGGAACAGAAAGGGGAAAUUGAAUGGCAGAAGCAGCUCCUCGAGAGGGACAAACGGGAAAUAGAGAAAGUAUCUGCUGAGACCCAAGCAUUACAAUCAUGUAUUGAGUCUUUGAGCAAACAGAAGGGAGAUCUUAAAGAGAAAUGUGACAGCUGGGAAAAGAAGUUGGCACACACCAAACGGAUUUUAGCAGCAACAGAAGAGAACAACAAAAUGGAGCAGUCAAACUUAGAGAAGUUAAAGUCGGAUGCCAGAAAACUGCAGCAAGAACUAGACCAACUCAACAGAAACAAGAUCUCACUACACAGAGACAUGGCAGCAAUGCAGCAGGAGCUGCAAGAAAAACGAGAAGCCAUAAACUCACUGCAGGAGAAAUUAGUUGAUGUUCAGGACCAUUUGAACCUAGCAAAACAGGAUCUACUCCACACCACCAAGCAUAAAGAUCUCCUGCUCGGUGAGCAGAGCGGGCUCCAGAAAGGCCUCAGCGAGUGGAAGAAGAAGGUUGAAGACUGCCAGAAAGAAGGGGAGACAAAACAACAGCAGCUUCAAGUGCUUCAGAAGGAAAUUGAGAAAAAUAAGGCCAAGCUCGAUGAACAGGAAAUGAUGCUGCAGAGACUCCAGAGAGAGAGAGAAAGUGAAGAAAAAAACCUCCAAGACAGUAAAGCAACACUGAAGGAGCAGCAGCUCCAGCUGGAAAAGGAGUUAAAAGACCAGAAAGACAAAUUGGAUCAAGCAAUCACAAAAGCAGUGGCGGCUGAGAAGCGUGUCAAGGUUCUGCAGGGGGAGGAAAAGUGGGGUGAAACCCUGGAGAAGUCACUCUGCAAAACCAAACAAAAGCUUUCAGAACGGGAGCAGCAGCUGCGGGAAAAGUCAAGCGAACUGCAGGCUCUCCAAAAAGAGAUGGACUCCAUGAGGGCGGAUUUCAGCCUGCUGCGGAACCAGUUCUUGACAGAAAGGAAGAAAGCCGAGAAUCAGGUUGCUACCCUGAAGGAAGCUCUUAAGAUCCAACGGAACCAACUGGAGAAAAACCUUCUUGAACAGAAGCAAGAGAACAACUGCAUGCAGAAGGAAAUGGCAACUAUCGAGCAGGUGGCCCAGGACAACCACGAGCGAGCACGGCGCCUGAUGAAGGAGCUCAGCCAGAUGCAGUUUGACUACUCAGAGCUCCAGAAACAGAUGGCGAACCAAAAAGAUCUGGAGAGAAGACAGACGGAAAUCAGCGAGGCCAUGAGGUCACUGAAAUGUGAGGUGAAAGAUGAAAUUAGAACCAGCCUGAAGAAUCUCAACCAGUUUCUUCCAGAACUACCUGCAGAUCUGGAAGCUAUUUUCGAAAGAAAUGAACAACUAGAGGGAGGGCUGGAAAGCUUAAAAGAGAACUUUCCAUUCACUCUGAAUGAGAGACCUUUUGAAGAAAAACUGAACUUCUCUCAGACUCACAUAAUGGAUGAACACUGGCGUGGAGAGGCGCUCCGAGAGAAACUGCGUCACCGUGAAGAUCGACUCAAGGCCCAACUUCGCCAGUGUAUGUCCAAGCAGGCAGAGGUGUUAAUCAAAGGGAAGCGGCAGACAGAGGGCACUUUGCACAGCUUGAGGAGACAAGUGGAUGCUCUAGGGGAACUGGUCACCAGCACCUCUCUAAACUCCUCGCGCUCAACCAGUAUGUCUCAGCUGGACACUUGCAUUGCAGAGGACUCUCGCCUUGGGCCCACCCAGAACUCUUUCCAACAGGUUCUGCAAAGUCCAUUACAUCUACCAGACAGUUACCGACACUGAUGGCCAUUCCCUGCUUCCUGCUCACUUGGAAGAGUGACAGCCAGAUGAGAAACUACAUAAGCACUUCCACUACCUCACUGACUUUGUAAUUGGAAUGCCACUUGGUUUUUAUCAAGAGCCAUUGAACUGAGAUGCUAAAACUCCACUCCAAGUUUCUUUCACUUCUACCAUUAAUGCAACCAUUUUUGGAAACCACUUGUACAUAUGGGAAUAGUUGUAUACAGUUUAAUGUCCUAGAUGACUGAGGUUUUAAAUCUUAAUUUUACUGUAAAUCUGAAUCUAUAAACAGGUAAAACCUGUGAUUACAAGAAAGGAAAAAUGUACUCUUUAUUAUAUGGUGUCAAAAUAUUUUGGAUUUUGCUUAAAAUCUAUUUUCCUAUGAAAAUGAGAAUAAAAGAAAAUAAAACUUGGGGCUGUUGUCAGA